UCUUUGUAUUCAGACAUGGCACCGGUGACCAGGAAUAAACGGCGGAGGGCUCCCGUCCGAAAAACAACCAGAAAACCCCGCAAACCAACCAAGAAACCGGCGGAACUUCCCUCAGAAAACGCCGGGCUGAGUCUCAUGAGCCUCAGCGAUGAAGUUAUCGACCACAUUCUCAGUUACCUGCAGGGAAAAGCGCUGUUCAACGCCUCACAAGUCUGCCGGAAGCUCCGGGCUCUUGUCGACGCGGAAGGAUUCUGGAGACGAAAGCUGCAGACGGACUUUGACAUUGUGGUGAGACAUCCGGCCUGUGACACCUACAAGGAGACCUACAAGUACAUGUACAUGGUCGGUUACUUCAUGAACGACAACGACAAGUGGUUGUACAACCAUGGCACGUCCACGUUUGAGCUGGGGUGGUACGCCCUCCUGCGUGCGCCGCCAGGACACACCUACAUCAUGACCACCAAGGCCAAACAGGUCUUCAACGUGGAGCAGAGAGACCUGGAGAAAAUAUACAGAGGCCUGGUUGGCUCCCAGGUGGACCUGCGCCCCGCCAACAACAAGGUUUACAAGUGGAGCGACAUCUACGACUACCUCCUGGAUCGCGAGGAGGGGAAGGAGGGCCUGCAGCUGUACGUACUGAAGCGGUGCGGCGCAGUCAACACCAUCCAGCAGCAGUACAAGCUGGCGCGCGAGCGGUGCCGCGCCGGCGAGUUCAAGGCCUUCUACGACUCCCUGCCCUCGCACGAGCGCGGCAUGUUCACCAUGACCGGGCAGAGGGACUACUAUUUCAGGGUGGGGCCGGCGGGGUCCGGACCUCACCUCCACCACCGCCUCACCAUAGACUUUGUGGACGGGCAGCUUCACCGCGGCAUGGAGACCGUGCGCGGGUACAUGUACGCGCUCUUCCGCCUGGUGAACUACCUGAAGGACGAUAUGCGUAUCCCCGAGUGGGACGCAGAACAUGAGGCGAUGCGGCUGUGCAACCUGCACCUGUACCACGCCUUCGUGGGGGACGCGCAAGAGAGGGUGGUGUCGGACUCGGAGUUCUACGCGCGCGGCGUGGCGUUCCUGGAGAGGUGGAUGAGACUGUACCACUGGAGGGUCCACGACGACAUUCUCAGGUGCCUGGACAUCCUACACAGGAAGGACAUGAUCAAGGAACACCCCAAGUUCAAAGCCUUUAUGAAGGAGGGUCGUGAGCAGGAUUUUAAGGACCUGGUGUCGUACUUCCGUAACAUGACCAAGUUGUACAAGUGCCUGCAGCCGUACUCGUGUCUGAAGAAGAUCUUCAAGCAGGACUCGGCAGAGAGCUUCAGCUCCUUCAUGGAGAGUCCGGGAAGGUUCGCCAGCGAGAUCAAGGGUUACUAUAGCGCAGGAGUAUCGUUCGGGCCCGUCCCUUGGUUCAGCGAACCGAAGCAGGACUCUGACUUUGCGCCGGUUCGGCGUACGAUGGACGAGUUUCUGCAGACGGGACGGCCGGCCACGCUGACCAAGCUGCUCACGCUGCUGUGCGACAAGUCGGACCGCAUCCUGGACCGACAGAAGGCCGACACCGACAGCCUCAGGAGGAACGCGCGAAGGGUGGUGGGAGAGGAGUGCAGGGACAGGCCAAAGAAACACUACUGAACUCACAAUCAUGUAGGCUGGAACAACUUUUCAAAAUCUUAGCUUUAAACAUUGCUGAACUCGCUCUUUGUAAUAGUCUGGAACACUGCUGAACUCUUCAAAAUCUCAGCUUUAAACAAUACAGAGCUCACUCUUUGUAAUAGUCUCAAACACUACUGAACUCACAAUCAUGUAGGCUGGAACACUGCUGAACCCUUCAAAAUCUUAGGUUUGAACAUUGCUGAACUCACUUUUUGUAAUAGUCUGGAACACUGCUGAAACCUUCAAAAUCUUAGCUUUAAACACUACUGAACUCGCUCUUUGUAAUAGUCUGAAACACUACUGAACUCUUCAAAAUCUUACCUUUGAACAUUGCUGAACUCACUCUUUGUAAUAGUCUGUCACACUAGUGAACUCACAAUCAUAUAGGAAACGGUCAGACGUUUCAGCUAGUAUCCACUACCUUUUGUCAGUGACUCUAAGAGAC